UCGACCUUCCAGUGGCUUCCCCUUUUUCCAAAAAACACGGACUCUCCCCUCUCUCUCAUUUGCUUCCGAAUUGGACCUUGCUUCUCGCGUUUCUCAGAAUCAGAAAUGGCCUCGGCUUCAUCCGAUCCGGAGCAACUCACAUCCCUCGGAAAGGGUGGCAGGUCAUCGGGUGAGAUCGACAGUGCCCAAGAGCCUCUUAUUAACGGAGAGACGCACCACGAAGAUUACUCUGUUCUUGCUGCUAUCCUCCCAUUUCUAUUCCCAGCUCUUGGAGGAUUACUAUAUGGGUAUGAUAUUGGUUCCACAUCAUGUGCUACAAUUUCCGUAGAGUCAGCCACAUUAAGCGGGAUUACAUGGUAUGAUUUGUCCUCGGUGGAACUUGGUCUCAUAACUAGUGGCUCACUGUAUGGGGCUUUGAUUGGCUCUAUCUUGGCCUUUAAUGUUGCUGAUUUUCUAGGAAGAAGAAGAGAGUUGAUUGUGGCUUCAGCAUUGUAUCUUGUUGGAGCUUUGGUUACCGCAGUGGCGCCAGACUUUGUUGUUAUGGUUAUUGGACGCUUUGUGUUUGGUAUAGGAAUUGGACUGGCAAUGCAUGCUGCUCCAAUUUACAUUGCUGAGACAGCUCCAAGUCAGAUACGAGGUCGACUAAUUUCUCUCAAAGAAUUCUUUAUAGUUCUUGGGAUGGUUGUAGGUUACACAGUUGGCAGUCUUCUAGUUGACACAGUUUCUGGUUGGCGCUACAUGUAUGUGGCUAGUACCCCCUUAGCACUAAUCAUGGGAAUUGGGAUGUGGUGGCUACCUGCAUCACCUAGAUGGUUACUUCUUUGUGCCAUACAGGGAAAAGGUAAUAUGCAGGAUUUAAAGCAGAGAGCCAUAUGUUCCUUGUGCCGGAUCCGUGGUGAAGGCACAAAUGAUUCAGCUCUUGAAAAGGUAGAUGAAAUUCUUGAUGAGCUUUCUAAUAGCGGUGAUGAGCAAGAAGCCACAUUAGCAGAGAUGUUCCAGGGAAAAUGCUUGAAAGCUCUUAUUAUUGGUGCAGGAUUAGUCUUAUUUCAGCAGAUAACGGGGCAACCUAGUGUCCUUUAUUAUGCCGCAUCUAUCCUUGAGAGUGCAGGGUUUUCUGCAGCAUCUGAUGCAACUAGAGUCUCAAUUCUUCUUGGGUUAUUAAAGUUGAUCAUGACUGGAGUAGCUGUCACUAUUGUUGAUAGAGUUGGAAGACGGCCAUUAUUACUUGGAGGUGUCUCUGUUAUGGGAAUUUCGUUGUUCCUUCUGGGAGCAUAUUACACUUUUCUGGAUGAUGCACCAGUUAUGGCUGUAGUCGCUUUGCUAUUAUAUGUUGGGUGCUAUCAGUUGUCAUUUGGUCCAAUUGGUUGGCUGAUGAUCUCUGAGAUUUUCCCUUUGCGCCUGAGAGGGCGAGGAUUGAGUAUAGCGGUGCUCAUAAAUUUUGGCGCAAAUGCACUGGUUACGUUUUCAUUUUCUCCUCUGAAGGAAUUGCUUGGAGCUGGAAUUUUGUUUUUCAUCUUUGGAGGGAUAACUAUUUUAGCUCUCAUUUUCAUAUACUUCCUCAUACCAGAGACGAAGGGGCUCACUCUAGAGGAGAUUGAGGCCAAGCUUCUUUAGAUCUGUACUUCUAGUUUGCCCUUACUAGUUUGCCAUUUUGACAUCACUCUGAGAUGACCUAUUUUGUUUACUUCCAUGUGGAGACGGCAAUUAUUAUCUUCAGAUUGUCUAUGUAAUCUUUAGGUAAGAUAUUGAAUCACAUUUGAAUGUAUACUAGGAAGAACAAUACUUAGUCUGUUACAUAGAUCUUUAUUGAAUUCAUAAGUUGUAGUUUUUGGUUUGGUAGUUGUAGUUUUCUUCUGAUAUUUGCUGAUACAUAUUUCAUCUAUGAUUACAUUACUUUAGUG